CGAGCUUUCGGCCCUGAUCAGGAGGAUGACAUCGCAGCGGGUGCUCCUCAAGGCCUGGCAGCUCUGCUGCCUGGCCAACCUGGCUGCCCUGCAUGGCCUCCAGGGUGACUUUUUGCUCCACCCGCCCGACCUGUUGCUCUUCUACAACCUGGAGCAGGUAAGGGAAGCCGACUGUCGGGCCUUCACUCGCCGUGCCGCCUGGGGGGACACAGAGCUGCUGGCCAACCUGCCUGACCAGAGGGCCGCCCUGCAGCACGCAGCCUUGGCCUGCCUGGGUGGGCCCCACCGACAGCUCAGUGCCUCAGACCUGCUGCUCCUUGGGGUCCUGGUGUGCGACAUGGAUGCGUCCAGCAUCGUGGCCUUGGACCCCCACGUGCUGCAGAACCUGCAGCGUUGCCCCCGGCUGACCCUUGCCCAGCAGGCUGCUGUCAACACACUACUGGCCAGUGGGAGGACCGUGCUUGGGCCCCCCGUCUCCUGGAACACUCAGGGGCUGCAGGCUCUGGGACUGCUGACCACCUACAUCAGCCCCAGCCUGUGGGCGCAGGUGCAGGAGGCUGUGGGCCUGGACUUCUUCAGCAGUAUGGUGGCUGCGUGCCGGGCAGGGCGGCUCAGCCAGCGUGACGCCAGGCGCUUUGUCACCAGCUUCCUUGAGGCUGAGGCCAAGGCCAAGUCGAUGUCCUCACGGCCCAAGAGGGGCACAGCCACAGUGAGACCCUGCAUCCACGGCAACAUCACGGCGGCCACGCUGCGGGAUGACCUCUUCCUGGUGCGCUAUGACUGCUCACAGCUCGAGUCCUGCCUGGGCAGCCAAGUGCUCAAGGCCAACCUGAACCCCCUGCUGCAGCACCCGCUACCUGCCGAGUGCCAGCGUGUCGUCAAGGCCAAGCUGACUCAGCUCUACCCGAGCAGCGUCCCAGAAGAGCAGCUUCGGCUCAUCACCUCGCUGGUCUACCUCUACACUCACGCGGAGAUCAGCCAGUGGAACAUCACAUCUCGGGACACAGUCAUGGCCCUGCUGGCCUCGGACGUGGCCCUGGAGAACCAGACAGAGGCCAUCCUGCAGAAGUUCCUGGACCACAAGGGCAACAUCACCAGUGCACUGCUUGUGGCUAUUGGGGGCUCCCGCCUCUGCUGGAUGAGCCCCCAGCAGAUCCAGGCCAUCCGGCCCUCAGAGUUCCGGCUGGCCGGGGCCCUGGAUGUCUCCUCCUGCCCUCAGAGCCGGAAGGAUGUGCUGUACUCCAAGGCCCGAGAGGCCUUCAGCAGCACCAGGACCUCGGCUGCCUACUACCACUUCAUACGCCCCUACCUUGGCGGUGCCCCCUUGGAGGAUCUGCAGCGCCUGGCCGAGGCCAACAUCUCCAUGGACAUCCACACCUUCACCAACCUGAACCCCCAUGUGCUGCAGAGCCUAAGUGUGGACCAUGUGACGAUGCUGCUCGGCCAGAACGUGGGGGACCUGCAGAAAGCACGCAGCCACCCGACCAUCAGCUCCUGGCUCCGCAGCCUGAACAGGCUGGCCCUGGGCAAGCUGGGCAUGGACACAGACCCUGACAGCCCCGCCAGCCCCACAGGCCCAGUCCCCUCGACUACUGGGAUGCGAGACACAACCCUCACAUCAGGCAGCUCUGGGAAUGACGCCCCCUCCUCAGGCAGCCCACCAGCCCGCCCGAGGGGUCUGCCACUUGCUGUGGCCCUGCCCUCCAGCUUCCUGUGGCUGCUGUACUGGGGCAGCCUGGGGCCCUUUGGGGACCGCUCGCAGGGCACCUGCACAGAGGCCUCCAAAGACAACACUGUGCUGGCACCACAUGCAGGAAGCCCAGGGCCGGUAUGUGGGGCUGGAUGCCAGCUCGGGCCAGGGCACGAGCCCCAGGCCCUGGGAACCUGGCCACGUCCCACGUCCUAGGAGCCUGCAGGGCAGGGUCCCACCCACAUCCAGCUCCUAGGACCUGGGCAGACAGCCCUCUGGUCUCCUUCAGGGCAAAGAAAUGGGGCUGGGGAGGGGGAUGCUGUGGCACUCUGCUGAUUUUAAU